UCCGCAAAGACUUCGAAUCAAAGACUUAACUUGGUCUUGUUCCUGGCCGUAGAUAAGUGGGGAUUUUCGUCUUCACCUAGACUUUGCUACAUCGAGCCCAUCUCAGGAUUUAUGCUAUGAAAUUCUAAUGAACACUGCGAGUUAGAGGGAGCUGUUUGAACCUCCAUCGCAAUUUGUAGGAGAAAGAUAUGGCGUUUUCGUCCUACAUUAGCAGAACCAGGCGUGGAGGCUGGGCGCAAUCAAUCCUUCCAUCUUCAAACUCCAAAUCUAAGUUCCCCCGAAAAUCUCGCAGGAGAACCGCUCUCAAAGAAUUUCUCUUUGCGAAUUUCUUUGCAGUCGGCCUUUCCUUGUCGUUCUUCGUUUUCCUUGUCAUCCUCCUUCGCUGGGAGGUCCCUAAGCCCAUCACUUCUCACUUCAAUUCCCGUGCAGUUCGCCGUCGGAAGCCCAUCUUGACCGAGCAUGGGAAUUACUCUCUUUUAGCUGCUGACGUCGAUAUCACGACGAAGGACUUGUAUGAUAAGAUUGAGUUUUUGGAUGUGGACGGCGGGGCGUGGAAGCAAGGUUGGAGUGUGACUUAUAAAGGGAACGAGUGGGAUUCUGAGAAAUUGAAGGUUUUUGUGGUGCCUCACUCACACAAUGAUCCCGGUUGGAAGCUUACAGUGGAGGAGUACUAUGAUCGGCAGUCUCGCCAUAUACUUGAUACCAUUGUUGAAACACUUUCUAAGGAUUCUCGUCGCAAGUUCAUAUGGGAAGAGAUGUCUUACUUACAGAGAUGGUGGAGGGAUGCCACAAAUACAAAGAAGGAAUCAUUCAUCAAUUUAGUAAAAAGUGGGCAGCUAGAAAUUGUUGGUGGUGGCUGGGUGAUGAAUGAUGAGGCCAAUUCGCAUUAUUUUGCAAUAAUUGAACAGAUGACCGAAGGAAAUGUUUGGUUGAAUGACAUCAUUGGGUUUGUUCCUAAAAAUUCAUGGGCCAUAGAUCCAUUUGGUUACUCACCUACCAUGGCAUAUCUUUUGCGCCGUAUGGGCUUUGAUAACAUGCUUAUCCAGAGGACCCAUUAUGAGCUGAAGAAGGAACUUGCAUGGCAUAAGAAUUUAGAAUACAUAUGGCGUCAGAGCUGGGAUGCUGCAGAAACUACUGAUAUAUUUGUUCAUAUGAUGCCCUUCUAUUCAUAUGAUAUACCACAUACUUGUGGCCCAGAGCCUGCUAUCUGCUGCCGGUUUGAUUUUGCCCGCAUGCAGGGUUCUGUUUAUGAACUAUGCCCAUGGGGACAACAUCCUGAGGACAUCAAUCAAGAAAAUGUGCAAGAACUGGCACUCAAAUUACUGGAUCAGUACAAGAAGAAGUCUACUUUGUACCGAACAAAUACACUCCUCAUUCCUCUUGGUGAUGAUUUUCGCUAUGUUAGCAUCAAUGAAGCAGAAGCCCAGUUCAAAAAUUACCAAUUGUUAUUUGAUUAUAUCAAUUCAAACCCCAGUUUGAAUGCAGAGGCUAAGUUUGGUACUUUGGAAGACUACUUUCAAACCCUUCGUGAGGAAGCCGACCGAAUAAAUUAUUCAUAUCCUGGUGAAAUAGGAUCUGGUGUUGUAGGAGGUUUUCCUUCUCUGUCAGGUGACUUCUUUACUUAUGCUGAUCGGGAACGUGACUACUGGAGUGGCUAUUAUGUUUCACGGCCCUUUUUCAAGGCUGUUGACAGGGUACUAGAGCAGACACUUCGUGCCACAGAAAUGAUGAUGGCUCUAAUACUUGGGUUUUGUCGGAGGUCACAAUGUGAGAAGUUCACAGUGGGUUUUUCCCAUAAGCUGACUGCUGCUAGAAGGAAUUUGGCCCUUUUUCAGCAUCAUGAUGGGGUAACUGGUACUGCAAAAGAUCAUGUGGUUAUGGACUAUGGAACUCGGAUGCAUAUUUCUUUGCAGGACUUGCAGAUUUAUAUGUCCAAAGCAAUUGAAGCACUCCUUGGAAUGCGGUUUGAGAAACUAGAUCAAAGUCCUUCCCACUUCGAGCCAUCACUGAUGAGAUCAAAAUAUGAUGCUCAGCCCGUGCAUAAAGUAAUCAGCAUUCAAAAGGGGACUUAUCAAUCAGUGGUCUUUUUUAAUCCUUUAGAGCAAACCAGAAAAGAAGUUGUUGUGGUUGUUGUUGAUAAUCCUGACAUUUCCGUAGUUGACUCCAACUGGAAAUGUGUUCAAAGCCAAAUUUCUCCUGAAUUGCAGCAUCAGAAACGCGAGCUCUUUACUGGGAGGCAUCGAGUGCACUGGGUGGUUUCUGUUCCUGCAAUGGGGUUGCAGACGUAUUAUAUUGCUAAUGGUCUUGCUGAUUGUGAAAAGGCCAGGCCUGCAAAGUUGAAGUUUUCCUCCAAAUCCACUCUGCUUCGUUGUCCACCUCCAUAUUCUUGCGAGAAACUAGAAGCCAGUGUGGCUGAAAUUGAGAAUCAGCAUAAAAAACUAAGUUUUGAUGUAAGAUAUGGUUUGUUACAGAAGAUAACCUUGAAAAAUAGACUCCCAAAUAUUGUGAGUGAGGAAAUCGGUAUGUAUCAUAGUUCAGGUAGUGGAGCAUACUUAUUCAAGCCCAAUGGUGAUGCUCAGUCUAUUAUUGAAGAAGGGGGGCAGUUGUUGAUCUCAGAGGGCCUCUUGAUGCAGGAAGUGUACUCUUAUCCAGGGACAGCAUGGGAGAAUGCCCCCAUCUCUCAUAGCACCCGUAUAUACAAUGGUGAGAACACUAUCCAGGAAUUUGUCGUGGAAAAGGAAUACCACGUUGAGCUUCUUGGUCAUGAUUUCAAUGACAGGGAAUUAAUAGUAAGAUAUAAAACAGAUACUGAUAACAAAAGGAUCUUCUAUUCUGAUGUGAAUGGGUUUCAGAUGAUCCGAAGAGAAACUUAUGAUAAGAUUCCUCUUCAAGGCAAUUACUACCCUAUGCCUUCUCUUGCCUUUAUACAAGGAUCCAAUGGUCAGCGCUUUUCUGUCCAUUCUCGGCAAUCAUUGGGUGUGGCUAGCCUUAAAGAUGGGCAUCUAGAAAUUAUGCUUGACCGUCGUUUGGUAAGAGAUGACGGACGAGGUCUGGGCCAAGGAGUGAUGGAUAAUCGUGUAAUGAAUGUUGUCUUCCAUAUCACUCUGGAGACCAAUGUUUCCUCUCUUUCAAAUUUGGUUCCCAGCUCUUUACCAUUUAGUCCAUCUCUCUUCUCCCACAACGUAGGUGCUCACUUGAACUAUCCAUUACAUGCAUUUAUUGCCAAGAAGCCACAGGAAUUAUCAGUGAAGCCACCGCCCAGAUCCUUCUCUCCUUUAGCUGCUCCGCUUCCUUGCGACUUGCAUAUUGUGAACUUUAAGGUGCCCAGGCCUUCAAAAUUUUUUCAGGAACCACCUGAAAAUCUUAGAUUUGCUUUAAUUGUGCACAGGCGACAUUGGGAUUCUUCUUACUGUCGGAAGGGGAGAUCACAAUGCACCAAGCUGGCUGACGAGCCCCUAAAUCUGUUCUCCAUGUUCAAGGAUGUUGCAGUAUCGAAAGUUAAAGCAGCAUCUUUAAAUCUUUUGCAUGAAGACCCAGAAAUACUGGGAUUAACAAAGACAUUUGGUGAUCUUGCACAAGAAGGGCACGUUGCCAUAUCUCCUAUGGAAAUUCAGGCCUACAAGUUGGAGUUGCAGCCCCCACAUUGAAAUACUCGUCACUUAAUUAUUUCUGCUGAUUUAAACUGGGCUGAUUGCAGACAAAUGAAUUUUACUCGCUUCUGUUAUAGAGGCGAACUAUUCUUGGAUUACUUCCUCGUUUAGGUAUGGAGUUUAAGGUUGUUCGGGGAAGACAACUUGGAGAAAGAAAUGCCUAUACUCGGUGAUCGUGAGAGCAGUCCCCCCGGUCAACGAAGGGUAACACCAUAGACGCAUAUUACUGCCAUGUAAAACUUGGAUGAGCUUUUCGGCAUCAGCGGCUUAAUUGUUCAAUUAGUGAAUACUGUGGAUCUGUUUCCAUCUUACUCAAUUUAAAGAGUAGAAUACAUGAUAAAUUUUGGUUUGUUCGCAAAUACGUGAAGGGAUCCGUAAACACGCAAAUGAGAUAUGGAACCGUGUAUAGUUUUGUUACUUUUGAAGUCGUGUAUGACCAGUUUUUUUUUAAAAAAAAAUUAUUUUAUUUGUCUAA